GCGGCGACUUCUCAGGACUGCCCACGCAACCCGGGACUAUUUUAUCCAGAUGUGGUUAAUGUUUGGAAACAUGCCGAGCGAUCGCAAGGUAGAGACUAUCGAUCCUUUGCUCAAGAGACGACCGCUCGUUGCUUCCAUCCCUUAUAUGUUUGGCAGGAGGCGUCACAACAUUCGUUUCCAUGGCUCUAAAAUAUGUGCGACGUAUGACCAGGGAGCUGCAGUUGCUCGCUUCAUCCUUGUCCCCUCAGUGGUCGCCGCCGCAAGAUCGUAACACAUAUAGCGCAUACGAGUACUGUGCCUCAACGGUAACAGGCUUUUCGCACGCCAUCGAAUUCAUUUUCCUCAUCAGCGAGACUAGUAGCUCAUGCCGUGAGUUACUACUCGAAAUGGGGUCCAUGCACACAAUCGCCACCGCUAUUCCGUGUGCAUGGCCGAAAUUUGUGAGCAACUCUAUCCACCACCAUCCAACUCAAGAGAUACCUCGAAUUGAACUCGCAGAGAGGAAACGUCUCAUGCGAGCCUGUUUCCGCUAUGUCAACUUCGUAUUAUAUCACGCCAAUGACAGUAUCUCAGCGUUGGACGAAGCCCUUAAAGCUGGCCUUCUCGAGUCGAUAAAUCGAGCUAUCAAUAUCCCUCGCCACAAUGAUGACACGGAAAAGCCUCUCAUGAAACCUGCCCUCGAAACGCUUUCCAUUCUUCCCCGGUUUUUCGGUUCCCUAACUAUCAUGAAGAGGCUCCAACAUCACCAAGAAAUCAUGCGUAUUCACCCCGGCCCGCAUUAUCCUGAUCCAUUGAUAAAGAAUAGAUGGCGUAUGGUAGUCGACACCGCUCUCCCACUAUUGGCACUUCAGCUGAAGUCAUACUCACGUCAUGAUUUCGACGCAUCCACUCAUCCCAAUUAUCGAUGCUCUGCUUGUACUGUUGCACAUUAUUGCUCAAAAAGGUGCCAGGUUGCAGACUGGAAGAAUCAUACGAAUUGGUGUGGUCCUCUUCGAGCAGCCUUAGGUUGCCUGGACUCUCAUGAUAUGCGGCGAAGUCUACCGUGGCUUGCCACGCUCGAGGAUUUCUACUGCAUCUCCGCCAAACAGGCCAUCAAGAAACUUACCUUGACCGCUCGGAAACAACAUCCUGACUCCGACCUUGUGCUCCAGAUCGAUACAACGGUCUUUCCGGUCGCAUUCGAGGUCAUCACAGCUCAAACAGCGUUCCAGCUGGGCAUAUUACGUGGGGUAUCACCGGUUCUCGUAAGGACCCUUACGAUGGUUGAGAACUCAGAUCGACCGGCGAUUAAGAUUCUUCGUCUCAAGUAUGGGCAAAACUGUUGGAAUCUAUUUAGUCCAACUACUGCUCUACAAGGUGGAUUUGAUUGGGGCUAUUUAACACCCUGGGACUGAAUUUUAGUGUGUUUGUUCAUACAUCGUGCACCACGCUUCAAAUGUUUGAUGUUGUCGUCGCCUCCUUCCAUCCCCAUGAUCAUCUCCGUCAUCUGAAACAAAGUUGCUUAUGUCCCAUCCUAUGCUCCACUGAGUGACACCUAUUCAUAAAAAUCGCCCUUCUUGUGCUACCGAGCAGCCUUCUCCUCGAUCGUCGCUGGAGGCAACUCCAGUCCUAGCUCUCCGUGGUUCUCCCACACCUAUACACUGGUACAU